CCUCUGGUUCAACCACUUGCAGCAUACCUACCACACCAUGUGCCUGCCUAUUCUACUCCUCGUGGUUCUACUAAACACCAGUGUUUAUACUACAUCAGCCAAGCCUGUGGAAUCUAGAGGCGCUGCUGAAAUUGACAAACCAUUUACUCUACAAUGUCGGAAUAAUUCGUCAACUUACGAUGAACAUAAAGACCAGGCUAAGAACUGUAAUUGGACGAGAAAUAACAAAAUGAUACUGGAGUCUAACACUAACUGCGUUGUGGAAGGAUUUAAGCUGAAAAUCCGCCGUUUCAUUUGGAAAAGGGAACAGAGGUUUAAUUGUUCCUGCAUUCCCAACCUGAGUUACUCUUUCACAAUUACAGCUGAACGUGCCCCUCUUGUCAACGUUAACACCAUGCAAAGACAUAGUAGAUCGGAAAGGAUACACCUGAACCUAACAGCAAACCCCGAACCCCAAAUCUUGAAUUGGUAUCGAAUCUUGUACAGUGGAAGUGUGUCUGAAGUAGAUCGCACAAGGAGUAGUUACAAACUGUUGCCCAUCUCCGGUACAUCCUACCAGCUGCAGCUAGACCAUGUGGAUGUGACGGAGAAGGAUGCCGGGCUGUAUAGCGUCAUAAUCUCCAACGUCAGGGGCCUCUACAGCUACAACUACAGCAUUAUUAUUCAUGGCAAGUAUGAAACAAACACGGGGAAACUUUUCUUCUCAAGACCACUUUACAUCGGCGCUUUACUGGCAUUGUUCUGUGGUGUCCUGAGUCUGAUGGUGGGAUGCUGUUUGAUAUAUAGAGGGUUGGGGAAACGUGCAAUGUCUAAGUAUCAAGUGACGUAUAUUACAGGUAGAGCUGAGGAUCCUGAAGCCAUUGAAGAUCACCCUGGAUCAGAGUGGGACUCUGAAAGCCUCAAGGCCCCCAGGAGUGCUGUGUCGGAAGGAGUCACAGACGACUGCAUAUAUGAGUUGAGAGACUAUGAGUUGCCACUGAAUGUACAUAAUAAGACGCAUUAACCACAGAGAUGAAAGAUACAACGUUGACAUUACUCAGGGUAGAGAAAGAAGUUUGGGAAUCAGUUCUUUAUCAGCGUAAUGUUGGAGGAAACCCCGAAUGGAUGCAGAUCUUAGACGUUUACCGCUCAUGUGCAACCCACCAGCACGAGUACGUUAUUAAUGCGAAUCUGGGAUUCAAACCCACUAUCAUUGGUUUCUAGCGCUGAGACCAAUGGGACGUUCGACAACUAGGGCAGGGGCACGUGUGACUCCUGUAGACAGAUAGAAAGUAGCGUCAAUCUCAUACUGUGUAAAUAGAAUGCAAAUGGAUAAUGUUAGAUGAUACAAGAAUUUUACAUUAAGCAUGUAUAUACAAGUCUACUGUUUAGAUGGGUUAAUGGAAACGAAAUUGCGUAGUGAGACGAAAUGCAAAAUGAAUUCCAUGUGGUGUUUUGUUUGUUGUUUAACGCCGCACCCAGCAAUAUUCCAGCUAUAUGACGGCGGUCUGUAACUAAGUCUGGACAUGAUAAUCCAGUGAUUGACAUCAUGAGCAUCGAUCCACGCAAU